UUGUCAUCUGUGAAAAGCAAUAGUAGCUUUUUCCUUUUGGGUUUGUGUUUCUUGAAUUUUUAACUUGCAAGUCUCUUUAAAAAUCUUUUGCACAUGGUGUUUUCAAACUUAAGUGAGAAUGCUGCAUUCGUCAUUGAUUGGAUUUUUUUCAUCAAACUGCAACUGAAAAGAAAUUUCCGACAUCAAAGGGACGGCGGCCGCCCAAACAAAGCCAAAACCUAAACAUCAUGGCGGCUUGGUCAAAGGCAUAUCGCUUGCGGCAAUAUCUACUGAUAACGCUUCUAUUGCUGUUGGAUGUUUUAUUAGCCGAUAAUUCUUCAAAUAUUUCCACUGCUGGAGAUAUCAAUGCAGAAGAUCGUGAUAGGACCUCUGUUAAGAAGGAGCUGAGAAACCCAAACAGAUGGAUGGGAGUUGGUUUGGCGGAAGAAGAAGAAAUCGAACCCAUCAGGGGCUUCUAUCUGGAUGAUGGGUCUCAGAUCCUUGCAUCCUUCUUAAGAACAGUCAGCAACGAAGAGCUUGGUGUUACAGCCCUACAAACCAUUUAUGAUUCCCUACCUUUUGGUGUGUCGGAGAAGGAUGAUGCCUCCAGAGUCAAAGAUCUCAGUGAUCGGCUUCAAAGAAAACUAUCUCACUAUACCUCUUUAGUGAAUCUAAGUAGAAGUGCCAUUGAAGAACUCUUUUGGCAUCAUCUUCAUAGGCCUUUAAGCACCCCUGCUCCUUGCUGUGAACUUCCAGAUUCUAUACUUAGGUAUGAAAGCCAUUUUGGGGCCCCAGUUUCAGAAGAGCUAUCCUGUGAUGUUUCUGUUCCAAAUCACAAACCUCUCAGUUUUGCUCCAGGACAUAAUCUUACUGAUGUUUUCUCCAACAAUUUGAAAAUGUCACCUUCCAUCAAGUGGCAAUACUUUCUUAGUGCAGAGGGUGGGCUAAGCGAAUACCCAGCCCAUCGUGUUGAUAGCAAGUCUGGUUGCAACAAGGCUGGAGACCGUUUCCGCCGAAGGAAUUUAUAUCUUUCUUCAGUCUAUCCGGAACCCAAGUUUGUUGUUAUCGUCAUCGACCACGGCAGUGCCCUUAGUCCUAAUCAGUUAUCCAUAGCAAAAGCUAUUGGCAAGUAUAUCAUCUCAAGCUUAUCAGAUAAGGACCACAUUGGCUUGAUAGCCUUGUCUGAUGAACUUCACUAUGCUGGUGUCGGUGAUUGUUUUACACGUGGAAUGACACGUGCAAGCCACCAAACUAAAUUCAAACUAAACCGAUUCAUCGAUAGCUUGACCAAAGCCAAAGCACCUGCAAAUCAUAGCCUGGGAUUCCAGCAAGCUCUUGAUAUGGCCAGACAAGCUAUGUUAGUGAAUGGGAAUGAAGCAGAAGCCAAUUCACAUGCAUCAGCGAACAGUUGUGCAUCAGGAAAUCAAACGUGUGGCCAUUUACCUCCUUCAAUGGGUGAUUGCCCGACGGCCAGUUCGAAUCCAGUGCUAUUGAUGUAUAUCAGCCGCGGCCUUUUGUCCUCGUUAGCAGAGCCUCGACAGGUUUUAGAACUAAUAGCUCUCGGUCAGCUCUGCCUCCAGGGUCGAUUGGUGAUCAAUACCUAUGCACUAAUUGAUGAUGGAAAACCGAUCAUGUAUGAAAAAGCAUUUUUACAAGACGUGGCCAUGCAAAACUACUCGCGGUACAACGUGUCUUUCGCGGCUCUCGAGAGGCUUCCUAUUAUGCGAGGACAAGCCUUGGCCAUCAAUUCGACCCGCUGGCUUUCGUCCACUGUUGGGGACUACCAAGCAGUUCUUUUAAAUUCUUCAGCUAUGCAACAAACUACGGUCACAUAUUCUCCUCCUUAUUGGGAUCCAUUAGGGAAAGGAUUGGUUAUUAGUCUAACACAGCCGUGUUUUCACUUGGACCUGCUCGUAGGAGCUGUUGGCCUAGAUGUACAUUUAGCCGAUCUAGUUGAAGACUUAACAUACUUUAAUGUUCCUGGUGGCCGCAGCUACGUUUUUCUGAUCGAUUCGAUUGGCACCGUACUAAUGCACCCCACACUUUCCCGGCCGAACACUGUCUCCGAAGAAACAGUUGCUACAGACAUUGGCUUUUUGGAAUACCGUAGUGGAUUUACGGCCAUUCGCAGGCGAAUCCUCGCUUCCGCUUCGGGUAACGGGAUGUUAUCGUUUACAUCUACAGAUCACAAAGAAGAGGACGAUGGAGUCAAGAGUACAACGUUGACGUACACCUGGGAGCGAGUCGGCUCAACUCCAUACAUCGCCUGCAUCGUAACGCGGCGUGAUAAGGCUGUAUCAGACGUCCAAGCCUUACGCCGGCUGCCACCGACGUCGCUACCUGACCUGGUUUACCAUCGAUUAGAUGUGGUCUCGAGCCCCAGCAAAGUAGAUUUAUGCCGCUAUUUCCGCCAGCACUCUACUUUGGCAGCAGGAUCAUUGUUCCUUUCACCUGCCGCACAUGUGUCGUCUUUCCAAUUUGAGUCAUGGGCAGAACCAUCACCUUUGGUUAUCCAAUCGUUUAUGGCAUUCCUGAGUGACAAAACUAAGCUGAUAGCCAACCCGGGACUGCGUUCGGCAGUCCGUUCGGAUGUUGGUGCUUUAGCGCAGCUAGUUCCGUACUGGAGGUCACAAUUCAGCCAUUCGAUACUAAGCCAGUUUAUCGUCCGGCGUUAUGCAGCUACUGCUACCAGUGGUGUCAUGAUCGAAUACCCGGCCACGGUCCGGCCUGCGUCGUUUGAUCCAUUACGUCGUCCUUGGUAUCAAAAGGCCGUUGAAUUCCCUGGCAAAGUUGUUGUAACAGGUCCGUCACUGGAUCCUUCCGGUUCGGGCUAUGUUAUCUCAAUCAGCCACACUGUUUACGAGGGAAAAUCAUCUACGCAUCACAGUCCCAUGGACGACGUUGUUGCGGUUUUGGGAGCGGAUUUGACACUAGCCUACAUGCAUCGGAUGCUUUGGGCUACAUUGCCCUUUUGUCCCGACCGAGCUGGCCAAGUAAGAGGCUCCAGUAUCCGUUGUUUCAUAAUGGACGAACGUGGUUACUUACUGGUCCAUCCCAACUUGCUGGAUCCAUCACCUCCAGGAAGCCAGAACAACAUCGAACAACAACAUUUGACACAUCAUGAACCUUUGGUGGCCUCCGAUUUACUAAAUCAUGACCGCUUCGUACUAAAGAAGGCUUGCUCCAGUUACCCGGAUCGUACUGUACAACGAUUUUAUCAAUUAAAUCUGACGCUUAACGACCAAUGGGUUGACAGUAGCGGCUCCCCAGAUAUGCCAGUUCCUGUUUUAACCAACCUAGUGCAUGGCGAACAUUGCAUUCGCUACCAGAUCGUUGCUAUCCAGGGAACAAAUUUGUUCGUUGGUGUUGUAAAUCAAACUUGCGAAUCAGCAACGGCGUUCUGUCCUUGCUCAACGGUGGACCGGCUCUGUUUAAACUGCCACCGCAUGGAACAAAGCGAAUGCGAGUGUCCGUGCGAAUGCCCACUGGAGCUAGACACAUGCAUUAACAUGUCGGAUACAGUUCAGUCCGAAGCUGACGGUUUGCCAACUUGCCCAGCCCAACCUGAAAUGUCUUCUUCACCUCCACCACCUCCUUCCCAGCGGUCACGGGACGUUGAACUCUUGCCGGCUUGCUUGGCACUCGAUUGCGAGGGUCGCCUUUCGGAAAGAGAGUGUUUCGGUGUAGUGGGCUGCGAAUGGUGCGUUAGGGAUACAGACGGACAUUCUUCCCUCCAGGUUCCGUUCUGUACACAACACUUCAAAUGCUAUGGUGGAGUCCUUCGAGGAUCUUCACCUUAUACUGAGGAUACUAAUAAUGGUGGCAUGUCAGCAGCAGACAUAGAUUCCGCGUUCAAGUCGUUACCUGUGGGUCCAGUGGCCGGUGGUGUUUUGGCUUUCUUCUGCUUCGUCGCCUUGUCCGUCUAUUGUUACCGUCAACAAACACGUAGGCGCCAUCAAGGUAGUGGCAGUGGUGCGUACGGCUCAGGAUCUGGAGCUGGAUUGAGAAUGACUCAACUGGACAACGACAUGGAUGAGCAUGAUGACAUUGAACCAGAUGUAGAUGAGACUACGGCUGUAGUGACGCACGAGUUCAGCCUGGCCGGCGGCAUCGGGUUGGAUAAUGUUGCGAUCGUUUCCCCCUAUCGCGUAAACACAGGGUAUCGACGCCCAGCCGGUGGCGAUUCAGAUCACGGCUACUCAACAAUGACGCACGAUAUGCAUGAAGAUUCGGAGCAUACGGCAUCAUACGUCGAGCCCCUGCUUGUAGGACGGGAUCGGUAUCGGCCUACGGCCCGCUCCGUAUCAACGGGCUCUUUCUCAUCACGGGCUUCGUCUCCUCUUGGGCCUGUGUACCCGACGGGACGAAUUGCCAAUCAACGAAUUACAUCACCUGGAACACUGCUUGAAUCGGCCGACGAAUUAGAGGCUGAGAAUAACGAGAAACGGCAAAAAGAGCUUAUGGACUUGCACUCGGCGCCCCCCAUCCGGCAGCUAGACGAUACGCUAGGCAUGACUGUUUUGCCCGAUCCUAGCCUUAACCAGCUAAUUGUACCUGUCACCGUUCACAUGGUUGAUACAUAA